CGCUAUUUCACAUUUUCAGGUCAACGCUCGUGGGGUCAAAGUUGAACCCAUCGUGAAAAGAUGGUGGAACACGCAGAUAUCCGCGUGGUUCAUUGCGGUGGCAGUAAAAUCAACUUUCGGGCCCCUGUUGUGACCAACGAUUCCAAGUUCCUUUUGUGCUCUGCUGGUGAGUGUGUGAAGGUGUACAGCACGACCACUGAGGAGUGCACUCACGAGCUUCUGGGACACACCAACCUGGUGACUGGUGUGGUGCUCAACCCUUCCAACCAUUUGCAGGCCUAUUCUUGUUCUACAGAUAGCACUGUCAGGCUUUGGGACUUUGCAGAUGGCAUCCUCAUUAAGUCUUAUGUUGUUGGAUAUCCAAUUCAUGCCAUCUAUGCCUCAGCAAAUCACGAGGGAGUCGUCUUUCUCGUCACUGCGUUCCAACCAAGCGAUCAGUUCCGGCUUGUGGCACUGCAUCUGCCUCAGACUGGAGAACAGUUAGUGGAGAACGUAGAACUUUCAACCGUUCUCUCGGAUGUCAGGGCCAGUCCAGAGUCCAUCGCCUUUGGUAGAGGGGGGGAGUACACUGCUUCAGUUCAGGGUUUGCAUUUGGGAGUGUAUUUCUUCAAGAAACAGAAGUCAUUCAGCUUUUCCCUGAAACAAGACAACAAGAAGGGAGGCGGGAACAUGUUCAUGUGCGUCGCCUGUCACCCAAAAGAUGACGUCAUAGCAACUGGGCACGAGGAUGGAAAGAUUCGCUUGUGGAGAAAGUUCAAUCACAUGAAGGAAUACACAUACUCUACACUACAUUGGCACCACAACGCUGUCAGCUCGCUUUGCUUCACCCCAGAAGGUACCAGCCUGCUGAGCGGAGGUGUGGAGUCUGUCCUCGUACAGUGGAAAUACAAUCAGGAACAACAGCGAGACUUUCUUCCCCGUCUUGGUGCCGCAAUCACACACAUCAGUGUCUCACCUGAUGGUUCGCUGUUCUGCAUCUCACAUACAGAUAACAAAAUCACAAUUGUCGAGAGCUGUGUAAAAGUGUCUGCUAUCAUUCAGGGCCUCGUCAAAGGAGAAAGGAUCGCCACAGACUUGAUGGUGGACCCUCGAAGCAAAGCCCUAGUACUGAAUGGGAAGCCAGGCCACUUGCAGUUUUACUCCCUUCAAAGAGAUAAGCUGCUUUUCAAUUUGGAUAUUUUGCAGCAGGAGUACAUCCAUGAAUCGGGAUUGCAGCAGUUUGAGGUGGUGAUGGCCGCUUUUGAUGUGUCUGGAAAGUGGCUGGCAACAGUUGAAGAAAGAAACCGGCAAGGGGCAGAGUUGGAGCUUAAUAUGAAAUUGUGGACAUUUGACGAUCAAACGCAAAGCUUUGUUCUGGACACAACCGUCUCAGACCCCCACGAGGCUCAGAUUACGGCAAUGUGCUUCAGUCCCGCCGCCACGGACCACCACACCGCGACACUGAUUUCUGUCAGCAACGAUGGACACUUCAAAGCUUGGCAGGAGAUGCCACCCCCAACCCACUCAGAAGACGAGGGUACCGCAUGGGCGUGCGAAUUCGUGGGCUCUUAUCACAGCCUAACGCCUCGGUGCUGCUGCUUCUCAGCCGACGGCUCCCUGCUCGCCGUCGGCUUCCAGGAGGUGGUGACUGUGUGGAGCCUGGCCACUUGGGAGCUCCGAACAACACUGUCACAGCCACCGGGUGAAGUCAGGAAUCUUUGUUUUGGCCAACUAAGCUGCUCCAAAUUCUUGGUUGGUACAACGGAGAAGAACCUGCUCUGCUGCUGGAAUCUCCUCACGUGCUCCCUGGAGUGGCGUACCUCGAUGGAUGUCAGCUUGCUGCUCUCUGACCCGCUUUCUGAGAACAUGGCGGCGUUCUGCAGUCAAGAUGGAUCUACUGACUUGUUUGUGUUUAAGCCCUGCGAGCCGCGGCCUCUGUUUUGCCAGAAGGCCGUGUGUUCUGGAAAGGUGAACCGCGCCGUCUUCUCCCCGAGGGAUGCCAUGCACGAAAGUUCCAACGAGAGCUGCCAGUGGCUCAACCGAUCCCAGCUGUACUUCCAUAGCCAGCACAUGGAUCUUAUGACAUUUAUCACCAAGGCGGAGGAAAAUCGACUGAUGGCUUCAAAUAAACAGCUUGCCAUUGAUGACACCAUUGCCAUGACGCCGUUCCACCUUUUGCUGGGCAAGCACCAACGAGGGGGAAGCGAUGUUAAGCAUCCAGACCAUUCCAACACAGCAGAGAGAUUGCAGCUUCCCCAGACCUCUGCUGCUGUCAAGGAGCUUCUACAGACCCCCGCCCACGUCCUCCCUGCAGCCACUUUUCUCUGCUCCAUGUUUGUACAGUCACUGCUCAUCUCAGUCACUGACUCCAGUAAACCAAAAGACAGCAAGGAUGAAAUGGAAAGCGAUAAAGUGGAAGAGGAUUCCUCCGACGAGGAGGAAAUGGACACUGGUAUUGUGAAACCCAAGACGCUGUCGGUGGAAGAAAAUGAGGCAGCCGAGUCCGCGACACCCGCAAUGACACGAGAGCAGGCCAGAGAAUUAAGGCGGGUGAAAAAACUGAAGCGGGGCUGGAUGAGAGGCAUCCUGGAGCGCUAAGAAAACAAAGAAACAUACAUUAAAAUUCACAAGUUGUCAUUUUUAUUGGUCUGUUUUACAAUAAAUGCAUUUAUCACUUCGUCUCA